AUGCCACGCAUCAUUUGUCCAGCAUUCUUGUUCGUCUCGCUCAUCCUUGGCGCAAUCAUCUCGCAAAGUCAGGCAGUCAUCAUAUGGAGUGAGUGAGCUGCGCACAAGAUACAUCGUCUUCUUCGAGACGAGCUGCUGACGCCUAGUCUGGAUGUCUGCUCGCGCAGAAGUAACCAGUCAACCACAAAGCUUUCCGCCUGAUUCGCAGAGACAAAUCUUUGAGGCCAAUUGCGGAAAAACAGCGGCGGGUUUUGGUGAUCACGAUCCCGUCAACACUUAUUUUCGUUUGCAGGGUGACACAACCUUGCUAGCCAUGUGCGGCUCCAAGUCGUGAGUUUUCAAGGGUCGACGACGAGUGUGAUUUGCACCAAAUGAGACGUCCACUCUUCAAAUUGACAGGACGGAUGCCGACUACGGAGCAGCUACUAUCACGGCUCUCGGUCAGACGUACCCUGGCUGGAAGUUUGUGGCCACCGACUCUUGAUUGGAUAAGAGGGCGACCGACGCUUUGGCCGUCCUUCCUGCGGGGUUGCACAGAUUUGCGAUUCUUUGUCAAAGCAGGUCAAGCGUUUGCAGUAGCCAAAGCGCUCGAGCAAUGCCAUCAUCGAUACAUCUUGAUAGUAGAGAUAGUUUGUGAGCGGUUUAUCCUAACCCUAAACCAAACGAGAAGGCCUUGUCAUCCCUGAUUGCAGGGUAGUUUCUCAGUCGAUCCGCUCUUGUGAGAAAUGCACAUGUGAGGGUCUUGCACUCAGGCCCUCACUCCGACACGCCCGUACCAUCGGUCAGUCCUCUCUUCAGAAGAGCACGAGCCGUCAAUAGGCUUUCGAGAACAAGCUUACGUUUGUAAUGGUCAUAACCCGCGAGAGAGAAGAGCGUUGAGCACCAUUGUGGGCACCACAGACGGGGUUGAGUACUCACGACUGAAGUGGAGAUGACAGUGCUAUGCUGUUUGUGCAGAGAACAUGCAGGUGGACUCUGCAGGUACAACGGCAAAGGAGAUGGAGAAGGCAACAGAGACAGCAACGGCUGCACCACAGACUUCAACAGGGCGGGCUCUGCAGCCUUUGGCUUUGCCACGCACUCCAGCUCCGCGCAGAAGCUUCCAGUAAAGCGGUCUGCAGCGAGAAAGUCCUUUUGACUCGGCAUCUGGCAGCAGCAUUCAUUCACCAACACCGUCCCUUGAUUGCGGGACAAAAAAGUUGAGGAUGGGCCUUGGCUCUGCAGCUAAGGUCUAUCGAAAUCAGGCAGUCAUUUUUCCCAGCUCCUCUCUUGCAUUUGCCACAUCAGAAGCUGACUCUGGCCACCACCUAUGAGCGCGGUCUACUGCAUCCUCAUCAGCAUCAGCAUCUCUGACCCACCUCGCCUUUCCUCUCCAAGACAUGGCUAGAGCUGAGCAGUGGGCCAAGGAACAUGGGCCCUCUGGAUUUUGAGGCCAUGAGCCCUUUCUUGUCUUGUGCACUUCUGAUCACGUCGCGCACUGGGCAGCUGUCUGGUUUGCUGCAUUCCGAGGAGGAAUGGGUGUCACAGCUAUCCGCAACAUGAUGGGAUUAUCUGGCGUUCACAGCCGCAGAGGCAAGUUUAGCUGGUUGGCCUCCAUGGGCUCGUAUCAAGAAAUGCUGGCACUCAAAGACCAGGCCAAGGGUACGGGCCUUGCACCCCAGUUUUUGAACCUUGCCUUUCUCAACGGACCUGCCUAUCCCAAGCUUCACACGCACUGGCCAGUGCUGCAGGACGUGACGGGUUAG